AUGGGAGAAGAAGAAUACAAGGUUGAACAAAUCAUUGACGCUAAACAACAACAGGGUAAAUGGUUUUAUCUGAUAAAAUGGAAGGGAUACGGCCCAGAAGACAAUUCCUGGGAGCCGGAGGAACUACUGGAGCAUAGCCAAGAAGAAAUCAAGCGGUUUAACCAGACUAGACUCAAAAAGGCUUGUGACUCUGCCAAGAGCCUUUAA